UGAGCCGAGAGAUGGAGAACAUGUACAGUCCCCGCCAGAAGGUGGCGCCGGGCGGCGACCCUCUAAACGCGGUGCAGUGGUUCGGUUUGGAUACGUCGACGAUGUUCCCCUUCCCCCGGGAGGUGCCUCCCUUCCCCCUCCCUCAGGAUCUGGCCCUUCUCUCCUACUACGACCCGGCCAGGAUCGAUUAUUACUACGGCGCCCUCUACGGCCUCCCGACCGGCGGGGGGCAGAAAUACGGGACCUGCGAGGAGUUCUACGGCCCGGCGUACAUCCGGAAGAGGAACGAGAGGGAGAGGCAGCGGGUGAAGUGCGUGAACGAGGGCUACGCCAAGCUGCGGCACCACCUACCGCCGGAGUACGCCGAGAAGAGGCUCAGUAAGGUGCAGACGCUCAGGGCGGCCAUCCGCUACAUCCUCCACCUGCAGGAGGCGCUGCGCUGGGGGGGAGGGGCUGGGGGACUCUCUACGACCCAUCGGCAAGACUAGGAAGAACAACACCUACCACAGACACGCCUCCCGGGAAGAGCCGCAGCGCUGAGACGCCCACCAGGUGCCGAUAUUGAGGAACGAUCCCCAUACCAGUCCAACGCCCGCCCGCCCGCCGCCCGCCAGAACCGACCGAACAGGGAAGACCUAAAGCAGAACUCCGGGAAGAUAUGAAAGACACAAAUCAAUGUAAUCAUUAUUAGAUCAAUAAAUAAAUUU